CGCCCCUCCCGCCCGGAGCGUGCCCAUGGCGACGCGGGUGCUGACCAUGAGCGCCCGCCUGGGCCCCGUGGCCCCGCUGCCGGCCGCGCAGGACGAGCCCGUGUUCGCGCAGCUCAAGCCCGUGCUGGGCGCCGCGACCCCGGCCCGCGACGCGGCGCUCUUCGCGGGGGACGAGCUCAAGCACCCGCCGCCGCCGCCGCCGCCGCAGGGGCACCACCAGCACCACCACCCGCCACCCGCCGCCCCGCAGCCCGCGCCGCCGCCGCCCGCCGCGGGCCCCCGGCUGCCGGCCGAGGAGCUGGUCCAGACAAGAUGUGAAAUGGAGAAAUAUCUGACACCUCAGCUUCCUCCAGUUUCUAUAAUUCCAGAGCAUAAAAAGUAUAGACGUGACAGUGCCUCAGUCGUAGACCAGUUCUUCACUGACAGUGAAGGGCUACCGUACAGUAUCAACAUGAACGUCUUCCUCCCCGACAUCACUCACCUGAGAACUGGCCUCUACAAAACCCAGAGACCGUGCGUAACACACAUCAAGACAGAACCUGUUACCAUUUUCAGCCACCAGAGUGAGACGACUGCCCCUCCUCCAGCCCCGACCCAGGCCCUCCCUGAGUUCACCAGUAUAUUCAGCUCCCACCAGACCGCAGCUCCAGAGGUGAACAAUAUUUUCAUCAAACAAGAACUUCCUACACCAGAUCUUCAUCUUUCAGUCCCUCCCCAGCAGGGCCACCUGUACCAGCUACUGAAUACACCGGAUCUAGAUAUGCCCAGUUCCACCAACCAAGCAGUAAUGGACACUCUUAACGUAUCUAUGUCAGCCACCAUGGCAGGCCUUAACACACACACCUCUGCUGUACCGCAGACUGCAAUGAAACAGUUCCAGGGCUUGCCCCCGUGCACAUACACAAUGCCAAGUCAGUUUCUGCCACAACAGGCCACUUACUUUCCCCCCUCACCACCCAGCUCAGAGCCUGGAAGUCCAGAUAGACAAGCAGAAAUGCUCCAGAAUUUAACCCCACCUCCAUCCUACGCUGCUACAAUUGCUUCUAAACUGGCAAUUCAUAAUCCAAAUUUGCCUGCCACCCUGCCAGUCAGUUCACAAAACAUCCAGCCUGUCAGAUACAACAGAAGGAGUAACCCCGAUCUGGAGAAAAGACGCAUCCACUACUGUGAUUAUCCUGGCUGCACAAAAGUUUAUACAAAGUCUUCUCAUUUAAAAGCUCACCUGAGGACUCAUACUGGUGAGAAGCCGUACAAGUGCACCUGGGAAGGCUGCGACUGGAGGUUCGCACGCUCAGACGAGCUGACCCGUCACUACCGGAAGCACACGGGGGCCAAGCCCUUCCAGUGCGGGGUGUGCAACCGCAGCUUCUCCCGCUCGGACCACCUGGCCCUGCACAUGAAGAGGCACCAGAACUGAGCCGCUGUGGGCCCCGCUGCACCUGUGCCCGUCCCACUGCAGAUCACUUGGCAACAUUUUAAACCACAAACUUAACUCUAUAUA